AUGUUAGGUCGGCAAGGGGCAUGGCUUCUAGAGUUAGGCACGAAUUGUCAUAACUCUUGUCUAGUGAGCUCAGAAGAAUGUGAACAUUCAAAUCUUCUGGAAAAUUCACUUUUAAUUGUCUCAGUCAGUUAAACACAGCCACCAUUUUUGUCAUAUGUUCUCUGAUGCUGUCCCCCGGACGUAGCCUCAGCUCAAACAAACUUCUGGCGACAUUGAUUUUGGCUCCUGCUGUGGUUCUGUGAUGGACCCUCUCAAGAACCUGCCAAAUCGCCUGGGCGGCUGACUCCAUAACCUGUGAGUUAUGAGCCAUAACUUUUUCUGUUGAAUGUCUGUUUAGACUGCGAACAGCUGAAGUGCUUUGGCGUCCAGCACUCUUCCGAUGCGCCGCUCUGCUCCUCCUGGCUUAAACAGAGUAUAACAGAUAGCAAGUGUGUGUGUAGGAAUCAGAGGCAUGCAGAGAAACCCUCGUACGCAGCUCCUUCUAAUCUAAGAAACGUCUCUCCCUCUCUCAAAACAGAAAGUAAAUCAGCUCACAUAACAAAGCAUAAAACCCAGUAUGUGAACACUUCCCCCCCCCCAAAAGACAGGACGUAACUUCCCGAGCUAUUAACCCUAUAAGCUCUGGGUCUCCUCACACCUUCUUCCUCCUCUUCCUCCUUGCAGGGCUGACCUGGUGCCCGUUUACACCUUUGGGGAGAAUGACAUUUACCGACUGAUCCAAUUCCCCGAGGGCAGCUUCGUUCGCCGCCUCCAGCUCGGUUUCAAGCAGCUGACCGGCUUGGCCCCUAGCCUCUUCAGUGGGAGGGGCCUCUUCUCCAGCACCUCUUGGGGGAUCCAGCCCAUGGCUGCCCCCCUCACGGUGGUGGGUAAGGACCCACAAGGCUCCCCGUCCCUUCCUUAGCCUCCGCCUCCUGCCCCACAAACACCCCCGACUCACCAACUUGCUUGCAAAGAGCCAUAAACUCUUCAGCAUCGUACAAAACAGCAUGUUCUGGUGCAUCUCCCUUUUGCCCUCUCUUUGAACUGAAUCGGAGACCUGUGGAGUUGAAUGGGACCCCCCAAGGGUCAUCUAGCCCAACCCCUCUGCAAUGCAGAAAUCAAACGAGCCGCCUCAUUUUAUGGGGCUUGCUAUAGAGGGAGCUGCAAUUGCGUGUGUGUGUGCACACACACACCCCGACUUCUCCCCUUCCUUGGAGGUUUCUAAGCAGAGGUUGGGUGGCCACAAAUCAAGGGGUUGGGCCAAAUGACCUUUGGGGUCCCCUCCAUUCCUGCACUUAAGCCACCCCUGAAACCCAAGCCAGGGUGCAAAGCUGCUGGGGUGGGGAGGCCCUGGCUGCCAUGGGUGGGGUCAAGGGGCAGAGCAGACCCCCCAACCGCCCAUGCUUCUUCUCCUUCCUGCAGUGGGGAAGCCUAUCCCAGUCCCGCUCCGCCCGCGCCCCACCGAGGACGAGGUGAACAGCUUCCACGCUCUCUACGUCGAGGCCCUGAAGGAGCUCUUUGACGCCCAUAAAGAAUCCUGCGGCCUCCCGGCCUCCCAGCAGCUCCUCAUCACCUAG